AUGAGUUCUCUGUCAUACGAUCAGACGAAUGCGCUAAUAUGGACGCUGGGCGGGCUCGCUAUUGUUCUUACAGUAGGCCGUCUGCUCAUACGCUUGAAAUUAAACAAGAAACUUCAUUGGGAUGAUGCUGCACAUGUUGUUGCGCUGCUUUGUAUGAUCCUGCACUCUGCUAUUUAUACUGGCGGUCGAUCGUUAGCAGAGGCAGUUCUGGCAUACCGAGCCAAGAAGACUCAUCACGUCCCAGACCUUAAACUGUACUUACGGUUGAACAUAGUAACUGCAGUAUUUGGAUUCACAUGUUACUGGGCCGUGAAGCUAUCUUUCCUGCUUUUCUACCGCAUGCUCUUUGGGGUCUCGAAGGCUUUCAUGAAAGCGUGGUGGGGAGUUUCUGCAUACGUCUUGAUUACGUUCUGGGUUGCAAUAGGGACAUCACUUACACAAUGUGGAGGGAGUGCCUUCAAAAUAACCGAUCCUGUUGCUUGUGGCUCCAAGCAAAGCGAGAUAUUAGAUUCGAAAAUAUUCAAGAUCUGCUUUGCGGUCAACAUAACAUCCGACCUAGCAAUCAUGGCUCUUCCGCUUGGCAUGCUCUCGAGACUUCAGAUUCGAGCGGUUCAGAAACUUGGAAUCGCCGUUAUUUUUUGCCUCACAUUCGUCAUAAUCGCACUCGAAAUAGUAAGAUUGGUACAAUCUCUCAAAGGAACAGGUCAAUCUUGGAAUGUCGUAUGGACAAACACAGAAACGAGCGUUGCGGUCAUUGUAUCAUGCCUUCCAACGUACAACACACUCUUCCGAUAUCGAGAAAGAGUCAACGCUAGCAAAGCUUCAUCUGCAUACGACAGACUCGCUGAGUCAAAGAACACCAACAAAAGCCAGAGCACCAAGGGCUUAUCUGAGACCCCUUCUACAAAAUCCCAGAAUGAUUCUGCUCGAGAUAUCCCGCUUGAGCAGUAUCACUCUUACAACGUAUAA